UUUUGAAAUUACCAGUGACAUUCCGGAAGUGCGAGUCAGAAGGAACUAGAAAGACGGAUUCCUUCUUCUCUCUUCUUUGUGACGAGCGACGCGCGGCGUUGAACCCUCGGUCAGCGACGCCACCGCGCCCGUCGGAGCUCCGUGUUGCCCGGUAAGAGCACUCUCAGUGUCGGGCUCGUGUCCUACCGAGCACCGGGGAUGGCGGCGUUGGUUUUAACCGGCAAAGCGCUUCACGCGCAGCUGUCCGUCGUCAUGGGCGCGCUGACCAAAGCGGCGGUGGCGGAGAUCUGCGCGGUGGUGGACGAAGGCUACGCGGUGCUGCAGAUGGAGAUCUCGCGGAGCCACCGGGAGAACGAGGACCUGAAGAAGAAACUUCACCUCAUAGAGUCCAUAGUGGUCCGCGCGGACCGGGGCGGGAAGGCGGUGGCGGAACCGGGGUUUGUACCGGCUACGGAACCGGGGUUCGUACCGGCCGCGGAGAGCGCAGCGAACGUGGAGACGCGGCAGGACAGCGAAGGCGGAAACACCGCUGCCGCUGGAGGGGAUGUGGUGUUGGUGCAGGAGGAGCUUCCAGACGUGGUGCUGAUCAAAGACGAAGACUCGGACAGCGACGACAGCUUCGACGAAGACAUCAGAGCGCCGGCGGCCGGCGGGACGGCUGCGGCGAGGGAGCGCGUCAUGUCGACGCCGGGCGGCCGGCGGGCGAAGAGACCGUGGCCCGGGUGCGAGGAGGCGUCACAGCGGCCGAGCGCGCCCGUCUUCACGCUGGACGCUCCACGCGGCGAGCCGGGCUGCUCCGGCCAGGAGACGGAGGCCGGCGACUCGUCCCUCGGGUCCUGCUCCUCCUCCUCCUACUGCGGCGCGCCGAUGGACCCGGACGUCCAGCUGCUCCACCCGGACAGACCGCCGUACUACGGCAACGGGGCCCUGAUCACGUCCCAGUCCCCCACACACAGACCGGAACCAGAUCCCAGCCUGACGUGGACCAAACAGCCGAAAACCCUCGUGACGUUUUCGCACUUCGACCCCAACGAAAACCUGGACGGCGCCGGCGACGCAUUCGGACUCAAGCUGAUCAGCGUGACGGGGUCCGCCGCCCCGGACUGCCAGAUGUCCGAAGGCAGCAACUCGGCGUUCGAGUACGACGGCGACGGCGGCGACGCAGCAAACUUCCCGCCGUACGGGGACCCGACCGGGGGACCCCCGCAGCUCGGCAGCGGGCCGCCGGGCGGCCGCGCCCGGCGCUACGUGUGCGCCGUCUGCGCCAAGACCUACGCCACGUCCCAGAACCUGGACGUGCACAUGCGGAUCCACACGGGCCAGCGGCCGUUCAGCUGCGCCCAGUGCGGGAAGAAGUUCACGCAGUCGGCGCACCUGAAGUCGCACCUGAGCGUGCACUCGGGCGAGCGGCCGCACGUGUGCGCCGUGUGCGCCCGCAGCUUCAUCGUCAAGUACAGCCUCAAGUUACACGUGAAGAAGUGUCACCCCGACGCGUGAAGGUCCCGGAAAUGUCCUGUUCUAUAAAUAUCCCGUUUUUAAGAUGGACGUUGUUGUUGUUGUUGUUUUUAAAGGGUGACUGACAUUUUUUUUCUCCAACCUGGACCCUGUUUUCCUGUGUGUUUGUGUCUGAGUGACUGAUGGGAACAACCAUCUUUGACCCGUUUUCAAUGUGUUAUUGAAUAUUAUAUAAUAUAUAUUAUAUGUUAUAUAUUAUGUGUGUUUUAUAUUAGAAAUAUUGGUUUCUUUCAACCAAAAUGCCCAGAAGUUAACAUGGAUGAUUCCAUAUAACAUCCUUCAGGUAACUUUCACUGAAUUAUGAGUAUUUAUUGAAUCUUAUAGCAUUUUAAUUCUUUUUUUUUUGGUUUUUUUUUUAAAUGGUUUCCAAACAGUAUGCGGUCUAAACUUUGACAUCUACCCGUCUGAGAUCCACUCAUGAUCCUCUGAGCUUAACUAUUAGCUAAAAUAAUUCAUAAUUUCUGACUUUUUAACUAAAAACGUACGUAUAAUUUGAUAUAAAUGAGGUUUGUUGACCAUGAAUUUCAAGAAUAAUUGUAAAAACCUGUUAUUACAGGUUAUCAGGUUUUUUUAAAAACACCAAAAGCUGGAAAAAAGUGAGAAAUAAAUCCGAAAAAGCGACAAAAACAUGUUCAAUUUUGACCUUGAAGGACGAGUUCAUGGUCAACAGGAAGACAACACGAUGUUAGGAGAGAGAGUUAUAUUAUUAUACUGUUAUAGGGUAAUAGUUCAGCUUGUAUUUAUCUUCAUAAAAGUGCUGGUUUUGCCGCUGACAAGCUCAGAUUAAUAUUCUAAGUGUCUAGUUAAGUGUCAAGUGUCUAUUAGUUUUUAAAUAAAAACAUCCACAAAAUUGAGUUUGCUCAACCAACCAGACUCCAUGUAAAUAAACAGUGAUUUUAGCAUCGUAAAAUACACUUCAUUCAUACUCUACAGAAACAAAAUAAAAAUAUAAAAAAGACGUUUUUGGUCGUCUUUCCACUUCUCCAACCAUCACAACUCUAGUUUUGGGUAAAAUAAACACACAGAUUACUGAUUUACAUGUGAAAACAUGUUGGCUCUAUACACGCUUAAAGCACUGUUUUUUUAAAUGGAGUCUGGUGGGUUUAGCGCUAGCGACCUCAGAACCGUUUCUGGUUAAAUAGAAA